UAAGCCCACUAUAGGAGGAACCCUUUGUAAUAAGCGAUAAUGUCCUGUAUCUUAACAGAGUUAUAGCAAAAGAUUGCCUGCCUAAUCGUAAGCUGAAAAUCUUGCAAGAUUAUGUUUAGAGAAUAUACAUGAAAUUGCUCGCCCAAAUUUAAGGAAUUUCAAUAUUAACUGUUAGCGAACGCAUCAUACAGUAUACAUAUGAAUAAUCUUUAUCACAAAGGCACGCAGACACUACGUAGAUAUCACGGGCACUUUUUACUCCAAGCACGUUAAUUUGCGGUGUGAUACGAUUUGGAUACAGCUAAUGACUUCAGGUCGACAAUACAAACGAGGGCCCCCAAAGCGGUUGAAAUAAUCAAAUAUGGUCAGUGUCGGCGUAUUCUAGUGAUAUUGGAGCGAUAAGGUUGUCGAAUGUUGAAAAACGUGCGUGCUGACAAUUUGCGGAGAAAGAUCGGCCGGUUGGUCAACACGAAACUCUCGUAUGCGCUUAUUGCAAGAUCUGAUGCUUGUUUUGCUGCAAAUUAGAAAGGAGUGAUACUGCAUGUGUUCUUAAGCUAUACUCUCCGCCUUUCUUUUCGAAAGGCUGUUAUCACGUAAACUCACAAAAGAUGUUUGGUCGCAGAGAAUGAUUGAUGGGCGACAUAUCGAACCAUGAAUUGCGCGAGGUAUUUCAUCUAUCUGUGUCGGGUCGUAGGCAAUUAGGCCUGCGAUACGUAGUUCAACUGUCAGUCAGCUCAUCGAGUCAUGUGGCCAAACGCCGGCAGGUGAAUUACCCCACCAAUGCUAUAUAUACACACAUAUAAACACAAGUGCCUUUUAAUUUUAAACCACUGUAAGGUGUAAUGUACGGUUUCUGCUUGCAUAUAAAAAAACUUAAUGAAUAAUUAGGUUCCUUGAAUGUUAAACACUGAAACAUAAUUACACUUCGGGCCUCGCUAAGGGCUUGGAAAAAACAGUGUCGCGGUGACAUUAUAUCGUGAUAACCUUAGUUUCCUUUCGGCAUUCAGAAGUGGGCUUGUUUUUUAAAUCGUAUUCAGCCGGCUGCGCUUCCAAGUGUUUACGGGACGUUUUGUUUUUAGUACGCUGAUACGCUCGUAUCCGUUUUAAGCGAAAGUUGCCGAACCGUAACGUGAAACGGGCUUGAAAGUCGGUGAAAAGAACGACUGUAAUGGGACAUGUUUGAAAAAUCGUAAUCAAUUUCGCAAGGGAAAUGUUCCCAGAACGCGGUGCGCGCGCGCUAGCUCGUAAGAAGCCACUGGUUCCAACCUGUGCGAAUUUCCAACACCGUUAAACCAAUAUUAGCCACACGCUCUACACAAGUAUUGUGUUUUUAAAAUCACGGCUAGUCACACCGCCCAGCGAUUCAAAUAAUUAAGCGAGUGGUGUAAGGCGCCAUAAUUCUGCCACGGCCGGGCCAGCACAAACAGAAAAGAUCGCGCCAGGCGUACGAGCUUUGAAACCAUAAGAUGAGUUGAAACAAGGCGAGCAUUUGUAAAGCUUGAUUAAUAGAUGCUUAUCAUUACUAAUCUGUUUGGGAAGGCAAACAAUCAUCCCUUAGAAGUUGCCGACCCGCAUACAAUAUGCAAACAAUUUGAAGUAAUAGAUAUCGUUUAAUGCCUGUCGUGCAAGCACAGUAUGUUCAGAUAUAUGUCUGCAGUAGGGUCCAGAAGCGAAUCAACACAAUCCGCUGUGCGUGGCCCUGUGGAAACCCGCUUAGGACCGGCUCUGAGGGCGAACGGUUGUGGCAAUUUUCCCCUUGAGAUGUAAAGUAAACGCUCUAAUCAUGAUAUUUGUAAUAGAAAUUAAGAAAGCGGUGUGAAUAGCCAAAUAUGUGUGCAGCGCGUCUGCGCAAUGGCCGGGUGUGUGGCGAGUGUACCAAGCUAUGAUCGCACACACUUUGCACUUAAUUCGCAGUGGGAAGAAUUAUAAACUCAUGCUGAUGUCCUUUAAACACGCGCUAAAUUUCGUUAGACGGUUCACCUGCAGGUAUUUCGACUGUGUUUUUAUAAACAUUAUGCCUUUAACAAUUCAAUCAAGUGCACGCGGCGACAUCAAAGCCACUCUUAUUAAAUCUAUCAAUUUAAGAGGGACGUGGUAAUUUUCGCGGAGCCCGCCUCACUAUUGCCUUUGACUGUUGGCUCGUCGGCGUGCUUCUCAAGGCCAUACGCACUUGACGUUUACACCGACACGACAAGCGACACAACAGCCGGUAAAACUGGUCGAUCUUCGAGAGAAAAUCCAGGCCUAAAUUCCAUACGCGACGAUGAUGCGUUCCGAUACGAAAUCGCUUCGACUCAUGAAAUGAUCUACUUCGUACAGGAUCGCGCUUUUGGUGAUACCGGUACUGCGAAUAUCACUACGCAUACGAGCACAACUAAAUCAACACCCCUUGCAAUGCUGGCUGCAACUUGUAGUAAGAUUGGUCAACAGAGUCCCCCUCCGUUAGCAGACAUCACGGUGGGUAAGCGAUAUCAUUCCUGGAAGGGAGAGAGCACCUCGCCAGCGACGAUGGUAUCCGUUAGUGGUCUUCCCAAGGAAUCUUCAAUGAUGUUUUCACCCAGUUCAUACGCACCUUGCCCAAGGACAUUGGAACAUAGACCAGAGCUAUGCCGCGCUGGUUAUAGUCUGAAUGGAAUCCGUUUGGGCCUAGCCGAGAACUACAACGCUUCGCCAUUGGCGAGGAUUCAUGCAUCGCCUGAUAUGUUAUGCAAUUUACGCUCGACUCACCAAUGCUCUCACGGAGAAGAGAGCUCUGCUCCCAAAACCCCGACACGUUUUGAAGUGCCUCAGUCUGGGGGUUCAUUCUGGGACGUUCAUACGGCAGCAUCGAACUGGUUCGAACCUCUAUCGCCGACCGGACCGCACCACAGGCUAACGCAGUUCCCUGGCUAUCCGACGGAGUACCAACCAUCACGUAACCUAAUAACCAGGAAUCCUAUACCAGGGCAGGCCAAUACAAUGUACCCCUCACCGAAUUUAACAACAACACCUUUCUCGAACGAUUCUCACAAGACUGGUCUGCCGACAUACAUUGACCCUCCGACGUACAUCACGACAAGUCCUGCGUACAUUCAGCCGGCGCAAAUGACAAACCAGAGAGCCACAAGACGAUAUACGGGUCGGGCUACUUGCGACUGCCCGAACUGUCAAGAGAACGAACGCCUAGGCGCGUUAGGCGCCCCGUUUAAGAAAAAAACGCAACAUAGCUGUCAUAUCCCUGGUUGCGGAAAAGUCUACGGUAAAACCUCGCACCUGAAGGCACAUUUACGCUGGCAUACGGGAGAAAGACCCUUCGUAUGCAACUGGCUGUUUUGCGGAAAGAGAUUCACAAGGUCUGACGAGUUACAACGACAUUUAAGGACUCACACGGGCGAGAAAAGAUUCGCCUGUCCUGUCUGUUCGAAGCGCUUCAUGCGAAGCGACCACUUGUCGAAACACGUCAAGACUCAUAGUGGAAGCAAAAAAAAUACGAGCGAAAAAAGUCGCGAGGAUGCUGACGAUUUGAACAGCAAUGGCGAACACAACGCUGAGAACAGCACACAAGAAAACGACGAACCGAAAUACGACGGUACUGGGAAUACGAAUGUGUGAGGGUCAAAACAAGUACUCGUCUUAAGAUUUUGUCUUUCUAGCGUAUGUUAUUGUGUGAAUAAUAUACGCAGUUGUAUAAGCUGGGCGAAGUAAAGUAACCUGCUCUGUUAAAUUUACACAAUAGCAUACACCAAGAGAAGAAAACCGACGUCAAAAUCCGCCCGUGUAGCCGUGGCUUUAGUGCUAUACGUGUUCUGGUCGAUAUCAGAUCUAUUUACAUGCACUUAUAUGACUAGGAAUACAUUUAGAGUCAGCUUUUGUUAACGGAAUCCACUUUGUGAACAUCAUGAUGAACGACGAUGCGAAUAUCCGGCAGAAAUAGCAGGGAUGACAACGAGUUAUGGAAGAUAGAAAAUACAAUUGCUUCAGGAAUUCAGAUGGACUUUUUCGAUGGGCCUUUUUAAAAAUCGCUCCCGGUGAGAGAGGUUCGUUCAAAUCAUAGUUUAUAUUGCUUAAAGAUACGUGGGAAGUACUACCGGCCUGGAUUCCAUUACCACGAUGGGUUUCACUUUACAGAACCCUUUAAUACAUUGCCUUAUUUCGAACUAUAGGAUGGUGGUAUAUAUACUACCUCAGGAAAAUCAAAUUUAUGUAUUUAUUUGUAAAUUGUUGUAAAUGAAAUUUU